AGCCAAAUCGUGACCUACAUGCACCAAAAAGAUUGAAGUAAUUUUCACGUUUCAAAUUGCGCGCUUCUGUAUCUAGAAGUUUAUUGGCUAUAUUUAUAUAAGAUAAAUAUUCUAGCCAAUGGAAAAGCACCACAUAACCCGAAAUGUUCAUGUCAAAAAUUUGUAAGAUCGAUACUUACGCAAUAUAUAAGUAGUGGGGAAAGAAAUGAAGUGUAAUUUUACCAAAUAGGUAAUUGCAUCAGAACAAAAAAGAUCAAAGUUUGAACUCAUUACUCCAUACAUUGAAGAAAUAUUCAGAAUAUAAAAUAAUAUAAUAAUUUAAAAGUGGUUAAUGUUAACAAUUGGAUAACAGUAAGAACGAAUUUAAUUAUUAUGGCUACAGCUGUUUCGUCAAUUCUCAAAUAUUUAGAGAAUACAGAGAGAAAACAGAAUUUUCCAAUGGAAAUCAGUGACGACACCCCUAAAACGAAGAAGAGAAAAUUGGACCAUUUAACAUGGGAAGAGAAACUACAGAGAAAAAAAUUGAAAAAUCGAGUUGCAGCUCAAACAUCCCGCGACCGGAAAAAAGCCAAGAUGGAAUAUAUGGAACAAGCACUCCAACAAUUAUUUUCCAAAAACGAGUUACUUACAGCUGAGUGUGAAAAUCUGAAAAUCGCUAAUCAAAAACUUCAAGAAGAGAACAGAGAGUUAUACAACCGUCUUCAAAGUCCUUGCUCGAGUUGUAAUAAAGCCCAAAGCCGUUCUGUCGGAUACGAGACUCCCAAUGGAUCAACAGAGUCCCUCCUUCUACAGAAAGGAAGAGCCACGUAUCCAGCAGCGUUUUUGAGCAAACAACGAGCAGUGAUGUUGAUGAAAAUCGUACUGAGUUACCUUCUUUACCCGAUCUUCUCGACGAACUGGAAGCAGAUGUUGACAUCAACUCAUUGGAACAACUUACCCAAAGCCUUUUGCAAGACAUUGCCAAAGACUUGGAUACUUCAGUUUCGGAAACUAAUAGUGAUACAGCAAAAAGCUUUGGAGAAAUGGUGGGGAAAACAUCAACAAAACUGGAACCCCGUGGGAACGAUGUAUCUGAUACUAAGUCAUUAGAAAAGGAUAUAUCAGAGUAUCUACUGCUCCACCACAACUAUGCUGCAAAACCACCUUUAGAUGAAGUUAAGAAAACCAAAGACUCAUGUAAAAAAAGUAAAAAGUUGAAGAAUAUCAAACCUGAGGAAAAUAAAUCUAAUCUUCAACCCAUAAUUGAUUCACAAAAUGAAGUUUUAUUUGGAACGGUAAAUAAAUCUAGCAAUAUGG